GCGACGGGCGGCGGCGGCGGCGCUUCCUCUCGCCCUCGCGAUUGCGGCGGCGGCGGCGGUCCCUUCGAGCCGGUGACGUCGCCGAUCGACGGCUCCGGGUUCCGCGGCCUCGCCGUCGACCUGCCGGAUUCGGACCCCAGAAUUCGCCGCCGGGCGCGCGGGUUCGAGCCCGAGCAGAUAUCCGUCUCCCUCUCCGCGUCCCCAGAUUCCGUCUGGAUCUCUUGGGUCACCGGGGACUUCCAAAUCGGAGAAGGCAUAAAGCCGUUGGACCCGACGGCUGUAGCAAGUAUCGUGCGUUAUGGAACAAUAAGGAAUCCUUUGAUUCAUAAGGCUGUGGGUUAUUCGCUUGUCUACAACCAACUCUAUCCAUUUGAAGGCCUUCAAAACUACAGUUCUGGAAUAAUCCAUCACGUACGUCUCACAGGGCUUAAACCUGGCACGCUGUACCAUUAUCGAUGUGGUGAUCCUUCUAUACCGGCCAUGAGUGAUCUCCAUUCUUUUAGAACAAUGCCAGCUAUAGGCCCCGAAGCUUACCCUAAACGGAUUGCUGUGGUUGGAGAUCUAGGCCUCACGUACAAUACUACAUCAACAAUUGACCAUAUGAGAAGUAACAAGCCUGAUCUUGUUUUCUUGAUCGGUGACGUAUCUUAUGCAGAUUUAUAUUUGACAAAUGGAACCGGCUCAGACUGCUACCAUUGUAGUUUUAACAAUACUCCAAUACAUGAAACCUAUCAACCUCGGUGGGACUAUUGGGGAAGGUUCAUGGAGCCUCUUCUAUCGGAAGUCCCAAUAAUGGUGGUGGAAGGAAACCAUGAGAUUGAAGCACAAGUUGAGGGCAAGACAUUUGAAGCGUACAGAUCUAGAUUUGCAUUUCCGUCUAAUGAGAGUAGAUCAUUUUCUACAUUUUAUUACUCUUUCAAUGCUGGGGGAAUACAUUUUAUAAUGCUUGGCGCGUAUAUUUCCUUCAAUCGCUCAGGUGAGCAGUAUAAAUGGCUGGAAAGAGACUUGGCAAAUGUAGACAGAAGUGUGACACCCUGGUUGAUAGCCACUUGGCAUCCACCUUGGUAUAGCACAUACAAAUCUCAUUAUAAGGAAGCGGAGUGUAUGAGGCUGGAGAUGGAAGAGCUUCUCUAUUCGUAUGGCGUUGACAUCAUUUUCAAUGGUCAUGUACAUGCCUAUGAGAGAUCUAAUCGAGUUUACAACUACGAAUUGGAUCCUUGUGCCCCAAUCUAUAUAACUGUUGGCGACGGGGGUAAUAGGGAAAAUGUGGCGACUUCUCAUGCAGAUGACCCCGGCAACUGCCCCAACCCCUUAAGCACUUAUGAUAAGCACUUGGGUGGCAGCUUCUGUGCUACCAACUUCACCACGGGCCCUGCUGCAGGAAAAUUUUGCUGGGACCGUCAGCCUGAUUACAGCGCAUACAGAGAGAGCAGCUUCGGUCAUGGAAUCUUAGAGGUGAAAAAUGAAACUCAUGCAUUGUGGACAUGGCAUCGGAAUCAGGACAUGUACAACAGCGCGGGAGAUGAGAUUUAUAUCGUCCGGCAGCCCAACAAGUGCCCUGUGAGAUACGUGCUGCCCCAGUUUAAAUCCAAGAAUGUCUUGCCCAAUGACUUAUUCAGAAUAUGAAGGAACAUACUCCAGAUUGAUACUUGAGAUUAUACAGUGAAACAUAGUAGUUUAUAGGCAAUGUCCGCAUACCGAAAGAACAGUGUGAAACUUACUAAAGAAGAAUUCUUUAUCGCUAUGUGUUAUCCCCUGUUUGGUUUGGAAUGGUACAGAUUAGUUGAGAUACAUCCGAGAGAGGGAGAGAGAUUUUCUUCAUGGGGUAACUAUUAGGGAUGUUUGCUUUCUUGCAAAAGCGGGGAAACUGUAUCCAGAAAGAAUCUUUUUCAUGAAAAACAUUCUUUUCUA